GAGCUGGAGCUCAUUGAGGAACAGAGAGAGAUCUUUUCUUCCAUUUGUUUUUUUUUUAAUCUGAGAAUCGCUCCUUCAUUAUAAGUCAGGAUGAAUAUCGUGCAGCUGGUGGUUUGUGGACUAAUCAUGAGUCUUGUGUUGGUGAGAACGGAGGCAAGACCCACAACACCGAGCCAGCACAAGGCUCUGGAAGCUCUGCUUGGAGAAGAGCUGGCGGAUUUUCUGGCUUCAGGUGAACGCAGGAUGCGGCUGCUGAGGGAACUUCGCACGGACACUCGCGCCAAGGGCAUGUGGGCACGCUUCGUGAAUGACCAGAACAGCCCUCGGAGGCACAAAUCAGGAACUAAGAAAGGAGGAAGCACCACCAGGAGCGGCUGCUUCGGACACAAGAUGGACAGAAUAGGCACCAUCAGCGGCAUGGGCUGCCAACCGGUGUAUUACCCGUCCACAAAUAACCUCUCCUGAGUAUCACCAGGACGAUGAGGUUUCGGACAAUGUUGACUUUCUCCUUUUGAGGAAAAGCCUUAAAAAAUAAAUAAAAUAAAAAGAGCCGGAUUGUCGGUACGGAAAGCUGCCAAGAUUGAGCGCUAUGGGGAAAAAAUGUAAUCAUCAAAAUAAAAAAAAUUCACGCAUCAUCAGUGACAUCACAAGAUGGCGGACGACGGUGUAAAAAAAAUGCGCGAAGCUGUAUAUUGUCGCUGCUGCUGUACAUUCAUGUACUUCAUUUCUGCAUAAAAUGUAUUUAUGUUUUAAAAAAACUAUUUAUAUGUUUAUAAAAAAGAGAUAUUUAUAAAUGAAUUUUAUUUAUGUAACAUUUUCAAAUGAAUGCAAACUGCAGGCCAAUUCUGUUUGUAACUUUUGUUUUGUCUUGAAUAGUUGUACAUGAUUUAAAAAUGAUUAAAAAAUCAUGCAUAACUCAUUCGCCUGAAAGAUUUACGUGGUAUUUCUAUAACUUCAUAUUAUAUUAUAUUAUAUUAUAUUAUAUUAUAUUAUACAUUGCAGUCAGGAAGAAACUGGAAAGAUGCUACAGUUUGUGGACAGUCGUUAAUUUGCAACAUAGAGUUUCUUAUUUUAUUUUGAGGAUUUUACAUCUAUAUUGUGAGGAUAAAAUAUACAUCACAGGAAGUCAAAGUCCCUAACUGACUGACUUACUAAAAAGCUCAUGCAUAAAAGUUUAAAUGGACAUCAACAAGUAAAACUGACAAAUUGGACUAAAAUUUUGCAGCAAAAUGCAGAAAUAAGUGACUGACACAAAACACGAUCGUGAUCUAGUAAAGAUCAAAACAUGAUCUAGUAAAGAUUAAAAAAAAAUACUUUCUAAAAUACUUUGUAAAGUUUAAAAAGCUAUUACUGAUAAAAUAAGGGUGAAGUUAAUUUGAUUAUUUUCCUAUAACAGCAUGUCCUGAAAUGUUUUAUUCCUCUUAUACCACAGUAAUUUGACAACGAUUGCGUUUUAUAUAUAAAAUAUGAUAUGCAUUUGAUCAGUUUAUACUUACAUUUAAUGUUCUUUGAAACAAGUUAGUUCAUGUUCUCACUUUUGUUAUAGCAGCUAUAAACAGCAGUUCC